UAGAGUCUUCUAGAGCAGUGACUCCAAGAUGCCGUUCAACCUCAAGCAACUCGUGCCGGGAUUUCUCUCUAAGCGAGCCGAGAACGGCACUGCCUCGAGCCAACGGGGCGGCCGGUCAGCCAGCACCUGUGAGGGAGACCCGUACGGUGAUGGCUCAGAGGUCCGAAUACGGUUAUCCUCCGAAGCCUCAGGACAGUACCAGAGUAGCCGUAGGUGCAGUAGGCGUUCUGAUGUGGACUAUGACGAUGGGUAUGGCUGUAUUGGCACCAUUGUGGUGACAUUGUUAAUCUUGAGCCCUCCUCUUGUUCUUGUUGGGGUCAUCCUUCUCACCACGGGUGCAAUCUUAAGCAGUGCUCACGUCUUCGGCUCGGGUAUGGCUGUCAUCGUGGCCGGUGUGGUUGUGGGAGCACUGUCCGCCUUUGCCUUCGUCCGGUUGAGGUCACAUCCUUCCCCGGGUUCUUCAGCUGGACGAGCGGCUUCCUUACACCGGGAAUCUGCCGGUCAGCACCGCCAGCUUACACCCCGUACCGCCUCCAUCAUAGAAACCACCGAUCAACGGACAGUUGAAAUAACAUUCUGCACCACGGAUGCGGAAACAACCCGGGACUUAUAG